AGAAGCAACAGAUCCGCACCGCCACCUGCUCUGUCCGUGCAUAUAUAAACGGCUUGACGACGAGAUGGUCGCCGGCGAGAACGGAUGCGCGAACACCUUGGCCAAGUAUGAGGCGACUGCGGCCUCCCUCCAGUCCUCCAAGGGCCUCGGAAGCUUUCCGUACCGGAAGUACGACGGCUUCUGGUACGCGGAGCACCUGAUGGCGCCGACGCUGGCCAUGCAGGACACGUUCGUCGCCCGACCAACCACCAUGCCCAAGUCUGGCACGACGUGGCUCAAGGCGCUCGCCUUCUGCGUCAUGCAUCGCGGCCGCCACGAGCCGGCCGACGAGCGACACUCUCUCCUCGUCUCCAGCCCGCACGAGCUGGUCGCGUUCCUGCACUCCCUCUACGAGAACCACGGCUCCGCCCCGCCCGGCCCGCUACUCGAAAAGACGCCGCCCCCGCGCGUCCUGGCCGUGCACACGCCGUUCUCGGCAUUGCCAGUGUCGGUGCGGGAGUCUGGGUGCCGCAUCGUCUACCUAUGCCGAGACCCCAAGGACGCGUUUGUCUCGCUCCGUCACUACCUCGACGAGAUCAAGCCCGCGGGAUGCGCCAUGACGCCGUUCCCCGAGGCGUUCGACCUGUUCUGUGACGGCGUGUCGCCCUUCGGGCCGGUGUGGGAUCACAUGGCCGAGUACUGGAAGGAGAGCGUGGCGCGUCCGGAGGAGGUGAUGUUCCUCCGGUACGAGCACCUGAAGGAGGACACCGUGGAGAGCGUGAGGCGGCUGGCUGAGUUCCUGGGCACCGAUGAGGAGGCGGCGAGAGGCGUCCCCGAGGCUGUUGUGGCGCUGUGCAGCACUGCCCGGAUGAGGAGCGUCGAGGCCAACCGGGACAGGGUGCACGGGCACGACAGGUGGGUGUUCAAGAACUCGGCCUUCUUCCGGAAGGGUGAGGUCGGGGACUGGAAGGCGCACAUGACGGCCGAGAUGGCGUGGAGGCUGGAUGGCCUCGUGGAGAAGCUGCGCGGAUCUGGGCUCUCCCUGACCCGCAACUGA